UAUACCUGACACAGGAGCGGGGCAAGUAGCACGGGCUAUGGUAAGCCCGUAGUGGACUUAUCUGGCACCGGAGCUUGCUACUCACACUUUUCAGACAUUUAAGAAGAGCAAGUGACGUGGUCAAGGAUGAGGUGGAACGUGCCCAAAAGUGUGGUCCGGGUCAGUGUGUUUGGCUCGAUGGUGGGAGGUGUCAUAUUGUUCAAGGAAUUUCUUGGAGGCAGUAAAUAUAAUGGAACAGAGAGCCUACAGGGGAAGACGGUCAUCAUUACAGGAGCAAACACUGGUAUUGGGAGAGAGACUGCCUUGGAGAUGGCCAUGCGGCGAGCCAGAGUCAUUAUGGCAUGCAGGGACAUGAAGAAGUGUCAAGAGGCAAGGAAAGAUAUUGCGCUGGCUUCUCGAAAUAAAUACGUAUUUUGCCAGGAGUGUGACUUAGCCUCACAAGAAUCAAUCAGGAACUUUGCAAAGAGGGUGAAUGAGAAAGAGGAACGCAUUGAUAUAUUAAUCAACAAUGCUGGAGUGAUGCGAUGUAAAAAGUCUUUCACCAAAGAAGGUAUUGAGCUGCAACUCGGGACGAAUCAUAUUGGACACUUCCUUCUUACAAAUCUUCUUCUUGACAAGAUCAAGGCUUCAGCACCAAGUCGUAUUGUAAAUGUGUCGAGUGUUGCACACGAGCGUGGAGUUAUAAACUUCAGUGACCUGAACAGCGAUAAAACGUAUGAUGAAGGAGAAGCAUAUGCUCAGAGCAAGCUAGCCAAUAUCUUGUUCACCAAAGAACUGGCAGAAAGAUUAGAAGGAAGUGGAGUGACAUGUAAUGCUGUUCAUCCUGGGAUUGUUUUUACUGAAUUAGGAAGGCAUAUGAGUAUAAACAAUAGCUGGACAGCCAAAAUAUUCCUUUACCCGCUACUGUGGCUGUUUCUGAAGACGCCUCGCCAGGGAGCCCAGACAACCAUAUAUGUCUCACUGAACUCUGAGCUGGAAGGAGUUUCUGGAAAGUACUUUAGUAACCAAGUUGAAGGCAAAGUAUCAGAGGGUGCACAGGAUAAAGUUGCAGCCAAGAGACUUUGGGCUGUGAGUGAGCAUUGGACUGGAUUAACGUGAGGUGUAGGUUUCAUAUAAGACAAUAUCAUGAAGUAUGUCAAGUGUUGAAUAUAGUCACAGAAUUUGGAGUAAAUAAGAUGGUUUGGCAAGAUUAGUACAGAAAUAAUGUGUAAUGCCCGUAUUUGUGUGUAGCAUAUAGUGCUGAUGACAGUUUCUUUGGUGAGUUGUAUAUACUUUAUUCACUGUGUGUGUAUUUUUAGCUGUGCAGCAUUGUGAAUAGGCAAGAAUGGAUUUUAGUGUAUGAAGCUGUAAUAUUUAUGGAGAAUGAAUUACAAAUGUAAUGGCAGACAUUUUAUUUAUACCACACUGGAGUACAGACAAGCUUAGUCAUACAUAAUCACGAUAUAAAAAAAGAAACAGACCUUACAAUAAGAGACGAGCCGGGGACGGACACAAUGACCAAUACUGCAAGUUUAUCUUAAUGCUACCAUACUGGGUGUCUAUAAUGAAAUUGUUUCUUACAAAAGAAGCUAUUAGUAAAUUACAUGUCAAAUGAACAGAUAAUGUUCUGAAAGUAUAUGGUAAAUAAAGGCAAAAAUAAAUUAGUCACUUUAUGAGAGAGGUUAUAAAACCAAUAAAUAUAAUGUUGCAGUUGGUGUGUACGUCAGGAUAUUGUAGGAAAUGGUGUAAAAUCAUGUAUUUGUGUUAAAGCACUAAAUAUGGAAUAUAUGUAGCACAGCCUCCAGUUAGUAAAUUACGAUCAGAUCCAAAUAUAUAUACAACGUUUUAGGAAGCAAGAGGCAUGUUUGAUGGUACAUGUGUGUCCGUCCUCCUCUGAACCAUGUGGUUCACAAUAGACCUUUGCCAAAAAGGUCAUGUGCAAAAAAAAUUUUGCAAGCCAUACAGGAAAUUCAUUGAUGGCACUUGAGCAUUAGUUAAUGAAUGUAUUGAUUGAAAUAUUGUUUUAGUGAGGAUGUUAAAAAAAAAAAAAGGAGAUAAUUAAAUUUGAACCUUUUUAUGUAGUGUACAGUGCUACCAGAAAGUCUACAUUAGGUUUCAUUUGAUAUAUAUUAUUGAAGCACAGUGCCAUUUCAGAAUUUGUUACUCGUUUGUCACAUUUGAUGCAAGAAACUCUAGGCGAGUUGUAGAGGAAGAUGAGGAGAUUGGUUUAGUGAACCAUAACAUUGGUUUGGUCCAGAUAAGUUUGUUUUGUAAUACAUGUCUGUCUUACAAGCAUCACAGGUGGUUAUCAUGUUUAUGUUCUGUGUUGAUCCUCUUGACCCACUAUACAUGUGAGUCACAUUAUACACAAAUGUCAUUCAUGAGUUGUACAGUUUGGUUAAAUAAUAGUGAAAGAUAAUCGAUAAAUGUGUAUGAAGAAAUAGUGUAGCAUAUAGACUGGAAAGUGUAAAUGGUUACUUAUGGUAGUGUAAUGAUUUAGUCAAUAAAUAGAAUGUUCCAUAAUUGAAAGAUAGUUAAUGGUUUGCUUAAAACAAUGCCAUAUUAAUGAAUAUGAAUAACGCUUCAUUAUACUAUGGAAUUUAACAUUAUAUAAUUAAGCGGUAGCAUUUUCAAUAAGGUAACAAGUGGUAGUUGUAAUCAUGGGUUUGAAAAGAAAUAUUAGACUACUAGUGAGUUGAUAUUAAUGACUCGUACAGUUGAUGUAGAAUAAAGUACCUUGUACAUAAGGCUAUGAUUUGCACAACAAAUAGAGGGAGAGAAACCUUUCACGCAUACUGCACAAUGGAAUUGUAAAAAAUAUGUUCAAUUGAGGACUGAACCAUUUUGGUGUCUGUAAUAUAUAGUAGUACUGUAUUAUCGUGUAUGUUUACAGUAGACCAGGUAAAACCGUAAUUGCGGUGUGUUUUGUAGGUCCUACACACGUCUGUAUCCAUGUAAGCACUUUUAGUUAUAGUAGAUAUAAAAGUUCGUCAGCAGUUGAUUGCAAUAGCACAGUAUGUGUGUUAUAGAUUACCGAAUUGAGGGAUUUUAAAGGUGUUCAAAUAGACAAGUUCGACUUGAUUCGAAAGAGCUUGAAUAUGGUUUAGAAUUGUAUUGGAUGGUCAAAU